UUGAGCGCUUGUUGAGGUAAAGAAAGUUCCAUUGGUUUUGUGAGAUCAAUUAAUUUAUUUCGCUUCGUUGUAGUAUACAUUUCGUUCGGAUUGUAGUAAGCAAAAAAGAAAAUGGAGCAAUACGACACGAACUUUUUAGAAAGUAUAGAAGCAUAUUACGGCCCAGAGUAUGCGUUGUGGGGAAAAGAAAAACAUCAAAUGCUCGUCUUAUUGCGAAAGCUUUGGGCCACGGUUCUGGAACCCAGCAUGCAAAAAGCAAACAUGAUGAAUCCAAAUGCCAACGAAACUGUCCAGUUCUUGUUUUCGAAAAUAAGAGAAUGGCUUCAUAAUUGUUCCAUUCGCGAACGGUUGAACUUGCGCAACGAUGGCAACAAGGACAACGAGAAGGCGGCUCAGCUACGGUCCGCAGGGAAUAAAAUGGUACACCCGAAGGUGAAACGAUACAUCGAGGCCAUGAAGCUGUAUAACGAGUGCAUCGCUUUUUCGGCCAAAGGAUCGGAAGAAAGAUCGCUGGCAUACGGAAAUCGCUCGUUCAUUUGUCUAAAGAUGGAGCGCUUCGAGGACUGUUUGCAGAACAUCCGGCUGGCUCGUGAGUCGAACUAUCCGAAGCAUUUGAAUGAGAAGCUGAAUCUGCGCGAAAAGGAGGCCAAACAAGCUUUGUCAAAGGCCAGAAAUCAGAAUGCCACCAAGGUGUCCCCCGAAGUGGUGGAAGAGUUGCAGUUAAGCUUUCCGGCUCAUGAGAACGCGCCGCAACUUGCUAACUGUCUGGCACUGGGCAGGAACGAUCAGUAUGGUCGACAUGUGGUAACGAACCGCAAGCUAAAAGUAGGAGAUGUCGUGAUGAUCGAGAAGCCGUUCGUCACAGUGAUGAUGGACACGUGUCAAUACGUUCGGUGUGACUUUUGCCAAGCGGAACGAUUGUUCACACUGAUUCCAUGCGAAGGGUGUACGGUGGCCAUGUACUGUUCGGAGGAAUGUAUCAGCAAAGCGUACGGCAAGUACCAUCGAUAUGAGUGUGGGGUCUUGAGAGUUAUGUGGACAGUUCUUGACAGAAGCGGCGUGAUUGCUCUACGCAUGUUAGCGAUUGCGAUCGCCACCUUCGAUAAUGAUCUAGAGAAGUUGAAGGAUCAUCUGGAUGCAUUGGAUGAAUCGAAGGUGGACGGAUUUACGAUGGACUGGAAGAAAGCCACGCCACAGGACAUGUUAAACACGGUGCACGUGCUGUGCACCAAUCAAGAACGACGCAACAUCAAAGAACUUGCCUUGCGGACCUUUUUUACAGUUGUUAUGCACAAUGAUUUGCUGGAGUGGACCGAGCUGGGACCGGCAUGCGAGGCAAAUCCAACAGCAAGCAAGCUGUUACUUGAUUUGAUUCUGCGAUAUCUGCAAAUUGCAGAAUGCAACCAUAAACUAUUGAUCUGCAAUUCGGACAACGGUCUGAAGUCCGUAAUGUAAGAUUUGCAAUGGGUUGCUACCCAUUGAUCAACAUGCUGAACCAUUCCUGUGCUCCCAACGUUAGUCGUCUCACUUUGCCCGAUGGCCGUUGCGCCGUGUUUGUCAUCCAUCCAGUCGCUAAAGGAGGCCAACUAUUUGAAUCUUACAAUGUGGAUCACUGGCUGACGGAUCGGGAAGAGAGACAAUCAGCCCUAUCGUUCAUGUACUGCUUCCGAUGCACGUGCGAGGCCUGUAUUUUGAAUUAUCCUUCAAUGGAAUCUUUACAAGGAAUUAAUAAUGAAACAAGGGUUGAAUUUUUUAUUGAAUUGUAAAAAUGUGCUGCAACGCUAUCUACUCUUGAUAAAAGGGAACUACUGGACAUGAUGGUUGAAAUGCGGUCGUUUCUAAAUAAUACGCCACAAUCGUAUGCAGAGCCAGAAGUUAUCCUAAAACGGAUGAAGUUUGAAUGUGUGGUUGUAGCACUGUACAGCCAGAGAACAAAAGGUGCUGAGUAUUGGAAGUAUUGUGAACCGUGAUUGAGGUUCCACAAAUGAUCACUAAAUCGAGUUAAAGAUUUCGAGGACACAGAUGUGCGCAUUUCCUAACACACAGAGCUACCGGGAAUUGUGUAGCGCGAAACAAAAAUAUUAUGAAUUUCAAUCAACUAUUGCACGAUUGAUAAAUGUUGUGUAGCACAUGAAUUAACUAUAAUAUUAUUCAAUAAACUAAAAUCUUUUGGACUGGUCA